UAAGGCCGACGCGUAGAAUUGCUUGCGUAUUUUCCCGCGCUCUCUCUCUUUCUCCUUCCCAAGUUCCAUUACACGUGUCUACCAUGGCGAAACUCUUCCUGCCACCUAUGCACUCUUCUCUUACUCCCAAAACCUCCUUCUCUAAAACCCUUCUUUCUCAUUCUUCACCACCGCUUUCCUUUCUGCAACUUUCACUGAAUUUAAGCUAACGAGUUCCGCAUUCUAACACACCACAGAUAUGUAGUACUGAUACUCGGAACCGGUUCACAAGUACAGGCCGCUGCUGUUUGUUUAGCAUAUUAUUUCCUUUCUGAAGUUCUUGCUCUGACUACUAUGGGAAGCCUUUGGUUAGCAAUUGUUACAUGCAUCCAGCUUGUAGGAGUUGUAGCUAGCUGGCACGCAAACAUGUGUUGGAGAUUUAUCCUAUGGACAGUGAACAUCACAACACUUCCAAUACGAGCUUUAGGCGCACUCCGAAGGGAGAAAACGAUGGAAAGUCUUCUCCAGGAGAUGCAAAUUGAGUUAGAGAACCUCUCAUGGGAUAACGAAAAGCUAGCAGCUCGUCUGAGGCUAGUUGUUAAGGAACAUCAUCUAAUGGAGUCGAUGUUGGCUGAUUUAGAAGAGGAGCAUGACAAAGCUAUUGGUAGAAUUGAAUUCCUUGAGAAAGAGGUUGAUAUCCUGAAAGAGGAGAACGUUCGACUGAAGGAAGCUCAGACAAAAGGAAUCUGGGAUACAGCGAAAGUAGAAAUGACAACUGAUCCUGAUGAUAAGUAUGGCAUUGGCCACUAUGGAAUUCCUUGGCAAUCUAGCAAAAGUGGAGAUGACAACUUGCUAGAAGAGAUUCAGUUGCCAGGAAAAUCCUUUGGUACCGAGAAUCAACUCCGGACAGAAAUGAACCGUGGUGGGCUUGUGGAUCCACUUAAUCAACGAAGGCAGGUUGCACUAUCCCAAAGUCUAUUUAGCGCCUUUUUAUCUCUGUUGGUUGGAAUGAUUAUAUGGCAAGCCAAAGACCCUUGCAUGCCCCUAGUUUUGGCUCUCUUCACGGUAGUAGGAUUGUCUUUACACAGUGUAGUGCAAUUCUUCUCGACUAUAAAGAACAGACCGGCUGCUGAUGCGGUUGCACUUUUAAGUGUCAACUGGUUCAUCCUUGGCACGCUCUCCUACCCGACAUUGCCUAAGGUUGCCCAUAUGUUAUUUCCGGUCAUUGCAGGCUUGGAUUAGUCUCUUUGAGAACAAUCGGUUUUAUAGGCUCCCAACACUUGUUUUUUUCUUUAAGGGCCGGAAAUACUUGUACAUUAAUAUUUUCUCGAUAAGGUGGACCGAGGUGAUGUGCAAUAGUUCUACGAGUGAUUUCUGUGGACAUUUUGUAGUUGAUAGAUGUAUGUGGUUAGAUUUUUGUUUUUCCCUUUUCAUGGAAGGCUUUUACAGUCAAUUUGUACAGCAAUAUAUCUCCUUUUUGAUACGAUGUAUGUUUUUUUUUGA